AUGGCUCGAGCUUCACUAGGUCCUCCGGCUCCUGUCUGCCUUUACGGGCGGAAGGUGGUGACCCUUUGUGCUUCUAGGCCGAAGCGAUUUUUGCGGGUGCGUGGCUCGAGGAUUUGUCUUGACUGCCGAUGGCAUAUUGAUAGCGUCGCUUGGGUCGCCUCUUCAGGCGCAUUCGCUGUUGAAUUAUUCUCGGGUUCCGUCUUCGGGUGUCUCAAGAUACAUCAGGCGAAGUGGAUAAGCCGAAAUAGCCUUCGACUAGGUGGCCCAAAGGUUGAAGGGUCGAUGCAGGGGGCUCCUUUUCUCGGGGGAAUUGACCCGAGCCAGGAGGCUAAUCGCGGAGCUUGGUUGUCGAUUGCUGAGGCCGUAGAAGGCGCACCUCGACAAGCUGCAGCAGCGGGGAAUAUGCAGAUAGGGGGACUUUCGCGGAGAUUCGUGCCAGAGGCUUUGAUCCCUCGGAAGAGAUUGGAUGCGCCAAGGGAGCGGAGUUUGAUGCCAAGUUCUUUAUUUGUUGGGGCCGAGCUGGAGAGGGUCCUUGAUCGCGUUCAGUCUCCGAGUCGUGCUACGGCUCGAGCUCUGAUUGGCCUUCCGGCUUUUUCUCGCCUGCAUGGGAGGAGGGUGAUGACCCUUUGUGUUUCUGGACUGAAGCGGUUUUGUGGGCGCGCGUCCCGGAGUUUCGGAUUUUCCAGUGCGUGGAGAUUGGUGGAAGUCUCCGAGUCAUUGAUUUUCUUGAAGACAACUUUUCAUGAGCUCGGAGCUGUUCCUGGGGGCUCGAUGAGCCCGGAGUUGUUUUUCGGGGCCUGCCUUGNGCAGGCCAUUGAUUUGGCAGCAGAAACUCAAGCUGAAUCAGCUGCAUGUUCAGAUUAUCGCCACGUGCACCACCUGUUUGAUGAAAAUCCACAGAGAGUUUCUCUGAACAAUCACUUGCUUUUUGAGUACUCCAGGAACAGUUUCAAUGAAGAGGCUCUGAAUCUCUUUGUGGGUAUUCAUCGUACCGGACUUUUGAUUGAUGGGUCUAGCCUUUCUUGUAUAUUGAAGGUCUGUGCAUGCCUCUCUGAUCUAACUUUUGGUAAACAAGUGCAUGCACUCUGUAUAAGAUCCGGAUAUUUUGACAAUGUUAGUGUUGGGACUUCACUUGUUGACAUGUACAUGAAAAUGGAGAACGUGGAUGAAGGUCAGAGUGUGUUUGACGAAAUGGAGGACAAGAAUGUUGUGACUUGGACUUCUUUGCUUUCGGGUUAUUCGUGCAAUAAGCUGGUUGAUAGAGCGUUACAAGUGUUUCAUAUGAUGUUAGUUGGAGGAGUUAGUCCUAAUGCGUUUACUUUUGCAACAGUUCUUGGAGUUUUGGCCGAUAAAUGUGCAGUUGAAAACGGAAUUCAAGUGCAUACUAUGGUUAUCAAGUGUGGUUUUGAGGUGAUAACAUCUGUGGGAAAUUCUUUGAUCAAUAUGUAUUUGAAGUCUGGGAUGGUUAGAGAGGCCACAGUUGUAUUUGAAAGUAUGGGAAAUAGGAAUGAAGUGUCUUGGAAUGGCAUGAUUGCUGGUCUUGUGACUAAUGGCCUUUAUUCUGAAGCACUUAAGUUGUUCCACAUGAUGAGACUUUCAGGUGUUGAACUGACGCGAUCAAUCUAUGUUACGGCUGUUAAAUUAUGUACUAACCUUAAAGAAUUGGUUUUUGCACGACAGCUUCAUGGCCGGGUUACUAAGAAUGGGUUCUAUUUAGACAAUAAUAUUAGAACGGCACUCAUGGUCUCAUAUACUAAGUGCGGGGAAAUGGAUGAUGCCUUCAAGUUAUUCUCUAUGAUGCAUAUAUCCAGGAAUGUGGUUUCUUGGACAGCAAUGAUUGGUGGGUAUAUGCAGAAUAAUAGACCAGAGCAAGCAGCGAAUCUCUUUUGUCAAAUGAAAAGGGAUGGUAUUAAACCAAAUGAUUUCACUUAUUCAACUGUUCUUGCUGCUCAACCCUCUAUUUCUUUGUUCCAAGUACACGCAGAAAUUAUCAAAACCAAGUACGAGGGUUCACCUACUGUAGGAACUGCAUUAUUAGACGCUUAUGUGAAAACAGGGAAUAUUGGUGAGGCUGCAAAAGUUUUUGAAGAAAUUGAUGAGAAGGACAUCAUUGCUUGGUCUGCUAUGUUAUCUGGUUAUGCGCAAAGAGGAGACAUUCAAGGUGCUGUGAGAGUUUUCCGGCAAUUAUCCAAAAGUGGGGUUUGGCCAAAUGAGUUUACCUUCUCCAGCAUCAUCAAUGCAUGCACUACCUCCAUGGCAUCAGUGGAACAAGGAAAACAAUUUCAUGCAAGCUCUAUAAAAUCAGGUCAUAGUAAUGCUUUCUGCGUGAGCAGUGCCCUGGUUACUAUGUAUGCUAAAAGAGGAAACAUAGAAAGUGCAAAUGAGAUUUUCAAGAGACAGCAAGAAAGAGACCUAGUCUCAUGGAACUCAAUGAUAUCAGGAUAUGCACAACAUGGUUAUGGCAGAAAAGCACUAAAGAUAUUUGAGGAAAUGCGAAAAAGGAAUUUAGAAAUGGAUAAUAUAACAUUCAUUGGAGUUAUUUCUGCCUGUACUCAUGCAGGACUGCUGAAUGAAGGUCAAAAGUAUUUUGACAUGAUGGUAAACGACUUACAUAUUUCACCAACAAUGGAGAUCUACUCUUGCAUGGUAGACUUGUAUAGCCGAGCUGGUAUGCUGGAUAAAGCCAUGGCUCUUAUCAACGGAAUGCCAUUUCCUGCUGGUGCUAUCGUAUGGCGUACUCUUCUGGCAGCAAGCCGAGUUCACCGCAAUGUAGAGCUUGGGAAACUUGCCGCAGAUAAUUUAAUUUCCCUUCAGCCUGAGGACUCAGCUGCAUAUGUCCUCCUAUCUAAUCUCUAUGCUGCAACUGGAAAUUGGCAAGAAAGAGCAAAAGUAAGAAAACUAAUGGAUGUGAGAAAAGUUAAAAAGGAGAUUGGUUAUAGCUGGAUUGAGGUUAAGAACAAGACCUACUCAUUCAUGGCGGGUGAUGUUUCACAUCCCUUAUCUGAUAGUAUAUACAUGAAACUCGACGAGUUAAGCGUCCGGUUGAAGGAUGCAGGGUAUAAGCCGGAUACGAAUUAUGUUCUUCAUGAUGUGGAAGAUGAACAUAAAGAAGCCAUUCUUUCUCGGCACAGUGAAAGGUUAGCUAUUGCUUUUGGAUUAAUUGCCACAUCUCCGGGAAUUCCUAUCCACAUUGUGAAGAAUCUCAGAGUCUGUGGUGACUGUCACACUGUUAUUAAGUUAAUCUCAAAGAUAGAAGGAAGGGAAAUUGUUGUCAGGGAUUCAAAUAGAUUCCAUCACUUUAAAGGAGGUCUAUGCUCGUGUGGUGAUUAUUGGUGAAUUCAAGUUCCUUAGAAAGAACUAAGAGAUAUCAGCAUAUCUCUGUUGGUGUUUGUAGAAGCAAAGGUUCCAUUAGCUAAUGGAGCUUUAGCUGACAGGCCUAUAUAGGAAGUUGCAUCAAUUAUCAGCUUCCAGAUAGUGCUAUCAUAAUAGUUGUAAAGUUCAUGGAUCCAACCUUUGAUAGUGCAUUGUCAAGAGGAAGAAACAGAGACUGUGCGAACUUCAGAUAUCUGGGGAAGUCAUGAGGUUAUAUUUUACGGACUGAGGAGAUAGCAAAGUUUUUAUUUUGGCUGAUCUUUCAAGAGCAGUCGACAGCCUGAUCUGCCUUAGAGAUAACAGUCAGAAGCAUUCAUUUGAAUGGAGGGGUUUCCUCCAGCAGCUAAAAGAGCUGGUGCCUCUUGUCACUACCCCAGAUUCAAAGUACGUCUGCUAGUAUUCUGUUCAACGUGGUUUUUCUGGCCUUGAUGCUCCUAAGGCUGUAUUCUAUAGAAAAGGUGAUCUUGCAACAACGAUGCAAAGAUCAACUAGCUGCUCUUUCAUUUCUACUCUUCUUUAUGAUUAAAGUUUUCAUUGUAACCUACUGAGCAUGCCAAAUUCUGAAGGACCUGGAAAUAAUCGCGCCCAGGAAGGACCAUUCAGCAACAUCUUUUGACAUGACUGAAACCAUGGAGAUCUCCCUGCUACCCAUAAUAACCUCUUCUAGAAGAUCUAUGUCCUCGACGCUGCUAUUGAUUAAGAUACUGGCAACAUGAAGCUUCGGAGUUAAUUGCUAAUGAGGAAGUAGCUAGAAAAGACGAGGGCAAAAAAAUGGAAUAGCAGUUGCCUAGCACAUAUGUGCUGGGAUGCUGGUGCAUAUUCGCCAAUCUUUUGAUUCUGUUGACCUUUGUGCAUGUAUAAAUCAGACUUGGAGAAGAGAGGUUGUGCAUAUGCACUGGCUUUUCGACUUGUAUGCAUCUGUGGUCAACCAUGUUCUCUGGAAAUUGUUAGGUUUCCUUGUUUGGUGAGGAUUCUGGGGAGAUCUGUAAGAGGAGGCUUGUAGUAUGUCUAAAUGCAAUCUUGGAUGAAGUUUUGAGGAGAGAACAAGGACUGACAAAGAAUUCUUGACAAGACAAGGGUUUCAACCAGAUAUUCUUUUUCUUUCUACUUAUUUCUUCCUAAAUUCUUGAUGUUCAGGAGUUCUACGAUGAUUUUCUUAAGUCCUAUCUUGAGCUAAAUUUUAUUCUAGGUUAUGAUGGAUCUUAUUAGGCAGCUUGGACUGUUGUGGUUCCUAUUAAUUCAGAAUGAGUCGUUUACUCAGUCAUGUAUUUCUUCUUCUAAUUGACUGACCGAUUCAGAGGAACUUUCAAAUAGGA